AUGCGCCCUGCGGGACUCGGCUCUGGAGUGUUACCGGACGGGAUGGCGGAACUGUGGAACACCUCGUCCUCCUUGAACCGGUCCGCCGCGGGGCAGGAGCGCUUCAGCAGCCUGGAUGACAUCGACGUGCCGGCGGACGGCUCCCCGGCGCUGCGCAUUCUCAUCUCGGUGGUGUACUCGGUGGUUUGCGCCGCCGGGCUGGUCGGGAACCUGCUGGUGUUCUUCCUGAUGAAAGUGCGCCGCGGCCGGAAGAAGCGCUCCAGCAUCAACCUGUUCAUCCUCAACCUGGCCGUCACGGACUUCCAGUUCGUGCUGACGCUGCCGUUCUGGGCGGUGGACACGGCGCUGGAUUUCAGCUGGCCGUUUGGAAACGCCAUGUGCAAGAUCAUCCUCUCUGUGACCGUGAUGAACAUGUACGCCAGCGUGUUCUUCCUCACGGCCAUGAGCGUCACGCGGUACUGGUCGGUGGCGUCGGCGCUGAAGGACCGGACGCGGCGGCGCGUGUGCCCGGUGCGCUGGGUGAUCGCCGGGCUGUGGGUGUCCGCCACGGCGGCCUCUCUGCCCACCGCGGUGUUCUCCACGGUGAAGAGCGUGGCCGGGGAGCGGCUGUGCCUGCUGGGCUUCCCGGACGGCCAGUCGUGGCUGGCGCUGUACCACCUACAGAAGAUCUUGGUGGCCUUCGUGUUUCCAAUGCUGAUCGUCAGCGUGUGCUACCUGCUGCUGCUGCGCUUCGUGCGCCUGCGCAGCAUGAACAACAACCAGGUGAAGCGCAGGUCCAGAGUGACCCGCUCCGUCACCAUCGUCGUCCUCUCCUUCUUCGUCUGCUGGAUGCCCAACCACGCCAUCACCUUCUGGGGCGUCCUCGUCAAGUUCAAUGUGGUCAACUGGGACAGGACGUACUACAUGGUGCACACGUACAUCCACCCGGUGACCGUGUGCCUUGCGCACACCAACAGCUGCCUCAACCCGGUGCUCUACUGCCUCAUGCGCCGCGAGUUCAGAAAGAAGAUGAAGGAUCUGUUCUGGAGGAUCUCCUCGCCCGGCGGGACCAACCCAUGCCACCUGCGGCCCUUCUCCGGGACUGUGAGAGCGGAGCCGGACGACACGCAGGUCGUCAUCCCGCUGAACAAUGUGGAGACGGAGAACUGCAGGCUGUCGGUUCUGACGGAUCACGGCGACUCGGACGCGCUGCACAAGUAGAACUGAGUUUCAUCUGGAGGGCAAAAUAUUUAACCGACUGAAAUUUGAAAUGAUUCGCCUCAAAUGUCUCAUCCUUUUCUCAACAAAGUGUUUGGAGUUUUUACUGUUUUGUUGAACACAGGAGUAUUAUUUUGGAGAAAUCCAAAUAUUUGUGCCAUAUCCAGUAUAAACCAUCGCGGCUGCACGUGGCUUAUUGCGUUUUUGACUCUCAAUCAAAGGGAUGUACAUAUUUUAUCACAAUAAAUGUGAGAAAGGACCGUGCGUAAAUUGCGCACCUCUGCGUAAAACCAUCCAGCUGCGUUUCUGCUUCACUCUUGUGUGCUGAGUCCGACUGGGAUCUGAAAGCACAGUGAUACUGAGAUGUUUGUUGUUUUUGAAGCUGGCUGUGUUUUUUGGUUUUUUUUUGGGGGGGGGGGGCUGUCUCAUGCUGCUUCGCUCCUAAGUCUCUGUGUGCGGACUUGACUUCAUGUUUAGAGAAAUCCCAGUCUGAUAGUGGAGGAUUCAGCUUCAGACAUUACUCUGUGGAAUAUUGUUGACGUUUAUUGUGGCUGGUGUAUAAAAUGUUUCAAAUUGAGAAAGUGAAUGUUAAAAAAAAAGCCAAUGCAACCUUAAAAACAAUGUUUAGAGAAUAAAAUAUUUAAUAUGUGUGACACGGAUUUAAGUUUUGGUGCUGUUCAGGGUCUCUGAGGUAACAGGGCAGCAGGCUGUGAGGUUCAGGUCUGUGGAUCACAUAUUUAGGACAUGAAGAGGAGCGUUAACAUGCUCUUUCUGAAUCUGUC